AUGUCCAAGGCCUCUGCUCUCCUCGCUGGCCUGACGGGCGCGGCCCUCGUCGCUGCACAUGGCCACGUCAGCCACAUCGUCGUCAACGGCGUCUACUACAGGAACUACGACCCCACGACAGACUGGUACCAGCCCAACCCGCCAACAGUCAUCGGCUGGACGGCAGCCGAUCAGGAUAAUGGCUUCGUUGAACCCAACAGCUUUGGCACGCCAGAUAUCAUCUGCCACAAGAGCGCCACCCCCGGCGGCGGCCACGCUACCGUUGCUGCCGGAGACAAGAUCAACAUCGUCUGGACCCCCGAGUGGCCCGAAUCCCACAUCGGCCCCGUCAUUGACUACCUAGCCGCCUGCAACGGUGACUGCGAGACCGUCGACAAGUCGUCGCUGCGCUGGUUCAAGAUUGACGGCGCCGGCUACGACAAGGCCGCCGGCCGCUGGGCCGCCGACGCUCUGCGCGCCAACGGCAACAGCUGGCUCGUCCAGAUCCCGUCGGAUCUCAAGGCCGGCAACUACGUCCUCCGCCACGAGAUCAUCGCCCUCCACGGUGCUCAGAGCCCCAACGGCGCCCAGGCCUACCCGCAGUGCAUCAACCUCCGCGUCACCGGCGGCGGCAGCAACCUGCCCAGCGGCGUCGCCGGCACCUCGCUGUACAAGGCGACCGACCCGGGCAUCCUCUUCAACCCCUACGUCUCCUCCCCGGAUUACACCGUCCCCGGCCCGGCCCUCAUUGCCGGCGCCGCCAGCUCGAUCGCCCAGAGCACGUCGGUCGCCACUGCCACCGGCACGGCCACCGUUCCCGGCGGCGGCGGCGCCAACCCUACCGCCACCACCACCGCCGCCACCUCCGCCGCCCCGAGCACCACCCUGAGGACGACCACUACCUCGGCCGCGCAGACUACCGCCCCGCCCUCCGGCGAUGUGCAGACCAAGUACGGCCAGUGUGGUGGCAACGGAUGGACGGGCCCGACGGUGUGCGCCCCCGGCUCGAGCUGCUCCGUCCUCAACGAGUGGUACUCCCAGUGUUUGUAA